UAUUAUUAUUAUUAUUAUUAUUGUUAUUUCAGGUUACAGAUGGACAUUCCAGAGUUUAUGGAGCUUUUUAAGGAGAGAGCGACUGCACCUUUCUUUGUAUUCCAAGUGUUCUGUGUGGGGCUGUGGUGCCUGGAUGAGUACUGGUAUUACUCCCUGUUCACGCUGUUCAUGCUGGUGGUGUUUGAGUGUACCCUGGUCCAGCAGCAGCUCCGGAACAUGGCGGAGAUACGCAAGAUGGGUGCCCAGCCUUACAGCAUACAGGUGUACCGAUCCCGUCGCUGGAGACCCAUGCCAACCACCGCCUUGCUGCCCGGGGACAUCGUCAGUGUUAUCCGCACCUCCAGCACCUCCAGCAGCACCAGCAGCACCAGUAGUGUCGAGCUGAUGGUGCCGUGUGACCUGCUACUUCUCCGAGGGUCAUGUGUCGUCGAUGAAAGCAUGUUGACAGGGGAGAGCAUACCCCAGAUGAAGGAGGGCUUGGAGGGACUGGAGGAAAGGGAGAGAGAGACAAUGGAGAGAAAUCUCGACAUCGCUACGGACAGCAAACUUCACAUGCUGUACGCUGGGACCAAGAUCGUUCAGCACAGUUCACCACCGAAGACCACCACAGGUUUGAGAGCUCCGGACAACGGCUGCGUCUGCUACGUUCUGAGGACCGGAUUUGCCACGGCUCAGGGAAGGCUACUCAAAACGAUCUUGUAUGGGGUCAGUCGCGUCACCGCCAACAACAUGGAGACGCUGGCGUUUAUACUCUUCCUCCUGGUGUUUGCCGUCGCUGCCGCUGCCUAUGUGUGUGUGUGUGUGUGUGACCCCGAUCGCAGCCGUUACAAGCUCUUCCUGGAGUGCACGCUGAUCCUGACCUCCGUGGUGCCGCCCGAGCUGCCCAUAGAGCUGUCCCUGGCCGUCAACACCUCCCUGCUUAUUGACGUGUGUGCCUUCGACAAGACCGGAACUCUGACCAGCGAUGACCUCAUAGUGGAAGGUGUGGCAGGGCUGAAGGGGACGGCAGAGGUCAUCCCAGUCUCCGAGGCCCCCGCGGCUAGCAUCCAGGUCCUAGCUAGCUGCCAUUCACUAGUACAGCUGGAGGAAGGGCUAGUCGGUGACCCCCAGGAGAAGGCCACUCUGUCCGCUAUUGACUGGACGCUCACGAAAGGCGAUGCAGUCAUUCCGAAGAGGGGCCGAGCGACAGGACUCCGCAUCACACACCGAUACCACUUCACCUCCGUUUUAAAGCGCAUGUGUGUGGUGGCGGCCUACACGCAGCAAACGGGCGAGGUCGUGUACGUGGCCUGCGUCAAGGGAGCUCCGGAGACACUGAGGGAUAUGUUUAGCGCGGUGCCCCCAAAUUACGACGCCGUUUACCGCCAACUCUCCCAGCGGGGCGCGAGGGUGCUGGCACUGGGCCGGAAGGAGCUCGGAAGACUAUCCCACUCUGAGGUCAGAAGCAUCACCCGGAAUGACCUGGAGAGUGACCUGACCUUCUGCGGCUUCAUCAUCAUCUCCUGUCCCCUCAAGAGAGACUCCAAGGAGGUCAUACGCGAAAUUCUUGCCUCGUCCCACGCCGCGGUCAUCAUUACGGGAGACAGCUACCUCACAGCCUGCCAUGUCGCGAAGGAGCUCAGAUUCACGCAGAAGGAGUCCGUUUUGGUCUUGCAGCGGAAGGAUACUGAGAGAAGGAGGAGGAAGAAGGAAGAAGAGGAGGAGGAGGAGGAGGAGGAGGAGUGGGAGUGGCAGGACAUAGAAGACCCCUCUCUCGCUCUCUCUCUCCCUCGGUGCGAGCGAGAGAGAGAGGGAGAGAGAGAGAGAUGGAGCCCUGAAGCAGUACGAUCUCUGUCUGACGGGGCUGCCACUCGCUCCAUGUGCCACAUCAUCAAGCAGGGCCGCUGUACGCUGGUGACCACACUGCAAAUGUUCAAGAUCCUGGCCCUUAACGCACUCAUCCUAGCCUAUUCUCAAAGCGUGCUGUACUUGGAUGGCAUCAAGUUCAGCGACUACCAGGCUACACUACAGGGACUCCUACAGGCCACCUGCUUCCUCUUCAUCUCAAGGUCAAAGGCGCUCACCGACCUCUACCGAAUAUCUUCAAUAUCUAUACGGUUGCGACGGUGCUUCUACAGUUUGGUUGCCACUUUACCGGCCCUGCUCUACCUGAUCAACCAAGCCAACCACCUGGACAACCACACUGCUAUAGAGGGGGCGGCGGUGGACCUGGAGAAGCAGUUUGAACCUUCUCUCCUUAACCCCACUGUGUACAUAAUCUCGCUGGCUCUCCAAGUAUCAACCUUCGCGAUCAACUACAGGGGCCGACCUUACAUGGAGGGGCUGAGCGAGAACCGGCCGCUCCUAUACAGCCUCAUGGGAGCCUUUGGUCUCAUCCUCGCUCUCUCCCUCGGCAUCUUCCCGGACUUUGGGAGGCAGUUUGAGAUCGUCGAGUUCCCGAAUGAGUUCCGGGUGACCCUCAUACAAGUUCUGUGCCUGGACUUCGCGCUGUCGUUCGUCAUAGAUAGAGUCUGCCUAGCACUCUUUGGGGAGGGCAAGUUGGCACCCUCCCUGCGGCACUGAGAGAGAGAGAGAGAGAGAGAGAGAGAGAGAGAGAGAGAGAGAGAGAGAGAGAGAGAGAGAGAGAGAGAGAGAGAGAGAGAGAGAGAGAGAGAGAGAGAGAGAGAGAGAGAGAGAGAGAGAGAGAGAGAGAGAGAGAGAGAGAGAGAGAGAGAGAGAGACACACACACACACGCGAGGCAACUCCACGGCAGACUGAGAUUCGGGAACGACACCAUCCCUCUGCAGUCCAGCGUCGACAUCCUGGGCAUGGAGGUGGACUCCCAGCUGCGGUUCGACCGUCACCUUGAAAGGGUGGCGCACAAAGCCUCCCAGAAGGUGAACCUCCUGCGCCGCAUGAAGAACCUCCUCGAUGUUGAGGGCCUGAACACCCUCUACAAGGCACAAGUCCGUCCAGUGAUGGAGUAUGCACCGCUCACCUGGAUGGCCAGCGCCCGCUGCCACCUCAACCUGCUAGACAAGGUGCAGAGGAGGGCUGAACGCCUCAUCAACGGCACCCAGCACCAACGACCGAGCCAGUGGGAGACACAGCGACAACAACAUCGACAACAACAACAACAACACCCACACGAGGGACGGGCAAGACCAGCCACGAACCAGCUGAACAGCCUGGAGCACCGUCGCCGCGUCGCUGCCCUGACGGUGCUACACAAGGCACAAGUGGGCCUAGUGCCCCACCUGACGGACCUGAGGGCUACCUGGAGGAGGUCUGAGCGCAGCACGAGAACGGUGCUGAGCAACGCCUCCCUCCUGGAAGUGCCAAUGGCCCGCUCCAGCACCCACCAACGUGCCUUCUCCAUCGCAGCGGUGGUGUGGUGGAACAACCUCACUGCUGAUGUGGAUGUGACACAACUGUCCACUCAGCAGAUGAAGGUUCCGUCCCACAGGUGGCUACUCCUACACCCACCGUAAACAUGUAUAUAAUUGUAUAAUAUAAUCGGCAGAAGCUUUUAAAGCUCCCCAACGGUCGGGGGAACUUUAGCACAGAAAAAUAAUACUGCCAUGUACUAAUGUACUGAACAUGUUUAAAUAAAAAAAAGAAAAAAGAGAGAGAGAGAGAGAGAGAGAGAGAGAUUGAUUGAUUUAUUGGCCUCAAGGUAUAGAUUAUUUUACACAUUGUCUUUAAAAGCCACUAGUCCAUUGAGCCGUAGCUCUCUUAUGGACUACAUGUUAUAUAUAUUUAUAUAUAAGUGAGCAUAACAGGUGCGACAAGGUCUCUCAAAAAUAUAUUAAAGAUUGCAAAAAAAUUAAGUAUGGCUAACUCAGAAUGCAUACUAUAUACAUGUGCACCCCAAUACAAAAUUAAUGAAAAUAGGCUUUUGUUCCUGAUUAAUAGAACAAAGUGAUAAUACUACUAAUAAUAAUAACGAUAACAAUAGCAACAAAAAUACUACUAACAGUAAUAAUAGUUUCAUAACAAUAUUACUAAUAAUAAUGAUAA